UAGGACAAUCGCUCUCGCACCCAAACCACAGCGCUCCCGCAGGAAUCCUGCCCUUUCCCCGCUCCCUCCACUCCCCGCCUCUGGCCCUUCCUCUCCCAGCGCUGCUCUCUCCCCCCCCGCUCCCCCAGCUCGCCCCCGGGGCCCCUCCGUCCCCGUCCUCCCGCUGCCCCCGGCGAGCCGGUGGCCGGGCGGGUGGCAGCGAGGUCGGGGCUGCUGGCCACCCCGCCCCUACCCGGAGGGGCCGUCAUUAGGCUGCCGGUUGAUUACAGGGUAUUGAUUUGUAUGUGCUUCUCCCGGCGCCGGCGGCGGCCGCUCCCGCUGGAGUUAGGGCAGCGCUUUCCGUAGCGGCGGCGAGCUCCCUUCAAACAUGUCGGCUCCCGCCGGGCCCCGGGGUGGCCCCGCUGCUCCCCAGCCUCCGCAGGCUCCUCAGCCCGAGAUGCCGGACCUCAGCCACCUCACGGAGGAAGAGCGGAAGAUCAUUCUGGCCGUCAUGGACCGCCAGAAGAAGGAAGAGGAGAAGGAGCAAUCCGUGCUCAAGGUCAAAGAAGAGCAAAAACCACAGCUGACACAGUGGUUUCCCUUUAGUGGGAUCACUGAGCUGGUAAAUAACGUUCUUCAACCACAGCAAAAACAGCAAAAUGAAAAGGAGCCCCAGACAAAAUUGCAUCAGCAGUUUGAAAUGUAUAAGGAGCAAGUGAAGAAGAUGGGUGAAGAAUCUCAGCAGCAGCAGGAGCAGAAGGGUGAUGCCCCAACCUGUGGCAUCUGCCACAAAACAAAAUUUGCUGAUGGCUGUGGCCAUAACUGUUCAUAUUGCCAAACUAAAUUCUGUGCACGCUGUGGAGGAAGAGUGUCUUUACGGUCAAAUAAGGAGGACAAAGUGGUAAUGUGGGUAUGUAACUUGUGCCGAAAACAACAGGAAAUCCUCACAAAAUCAGGAGCCUGGUUCUAUAAUAGUGGAUCGAACGCACCGCAGCAGCCUGACCAAGAAGGUAAUAGAGGUCAGCGGAAUGAGGAAGCACCUCAAGAGAAAAAAGCAAAGUUGCAGGAGCAUUCACAGUACCAAGGACCGCCAGGUGACAUAUCCACACAAGUUUUGGACAAAAACAGAUCACAAGGGCUCACAAGACAAGACUCAAUUAAGAAUGGUUCAGGUGUAAAGCAUCAAGUAACAAGUGACACAACAUCAGACAGGAAAAGAAGCCCAUCAAUAUCAAGAGAACAGAAUAGAAGAUACGAUCAAAGGGACGAGCGAGACGAAUAUCCACAGUAUGCUACAUCAGACAGUGCGAUGCCCAGGUCACCAUCAGAUUAUUCAGAUAGGCGGUCACAGCGUGGGCCUCAGUUAUAUGAAGAACCUGAACUGGGUGAUUAUAGAGAUUCAAACAGAAGGAGUCGCAGGCGUUCCAAGGAGUAUUCGGUAGAAGAGGAAGAUGCACAAAACAGGGAAGAAUAUGAAAGGCAGCGGAGGGAAGAGGAAUACCAGGCACGAUACCGAAGUGAUCCUAAUUUGGCUCGUUAUCCUGUCAAGCCACAACCAUAUGAGGAACAAAUGCGUAUCCAUGCUGAAGUGUCCCGAGCACGCCAUGAGCGGAGACAUAGUGACGUCUCACUCGCAAAUACUGAGUUGGAAGAUUCUCGGAUGUCCAUGCUGAGGAUGGAACGACCAUCCAGGCAAAGAUCAGUAUCUGAGCGCAGGGCUGCCAUGGAAAAUCAGCGUUCAUACUCUAUGGAAAGAACUCGAGAGGCUCAGGGACCAAGUCCCAGUCGUCAGAGGACCACAAAUCAUAGCCCUCCUACACCUAGGAGGAGUCCAAUUCCUUUGGAUAGACCAGACAUGAGGCGUUCUGAUUCAUUAAGGAAACAACACCAUUUGGAUCCCAAUUCUGCUGUACGGAAAACAAAACGUGAAAAGAUGGAGACCAUGUUACGGAAUGAUUCACUCAGCUCAGACCAGUCUGAAUCUGUCAGACCUCCACCACCAAAGCCCCAUAAAACAAAAAAGGGAGGUAAAAUGCGCCAGGUUUCAUUAAGUAGCUCUGAAGAAGAAUUGGCAUCCACUCCGGAGUAUACAAGUUGUGAUGAUGUAGAGAUUGAAAGUGAAAGUGUUAGUGAAAAAGGGGACAGUCAAAGGGGAAAAAGAAAAACUAGUGAGCAGGCAGUUUUGUCGGAUUCUAACACCUUAUCCGAGAGGCAAAAGAAAAUGGUGUGCUUUGGUGGCCACUCUCUGGAAGAGGACUUGGAAUGGUCUGAGCCUCAGAUAAAAGACUCUGGGGUAGAUACGUGUAGUAGCACAACUCUAAACGAGGAACAUAGCCAUAGCGAGAAGCAUCCAGUAACUUGGCAACCAUCCAAAGAUGGAGACCGUCUCAUUGGUCGGAUUUUGUUAAAUAAACGGCUAAAAGAUGGAAGUGUGCCUAGAGACUCGGGAGCAAUGCUUGGAUUAAAGGUAGUGGGAGGAAAGAUGACUGAAUCAGGUCGACUCUGCGCAUUUAUCACCAAAGUUAAAAAAGGAAGCUUAGCUGAUACGGUGGGGCAUCUUAGACCAGGUGAUGAAGUAUUAGAAUGGAAUGGAAGGCUACUACAAGGAGCCACCUUUGAGGAGGUGUAUAACAUCAUUUUAGAAUCCAAACCUGAGCCACAAGUAGAGCUGGUUGUUUCAAGACCAAUAGGGGACAUUCCCAGAAUACCUGACAGCACACAUGCACAGCUGGAGUCCAGUUCUAGUUCGUUUGAAUCUCAAAAAAUGGACCGACCUUCUAUUUCAGUGACUUCUCCUAUGAGUCCAGGCAUGUUAAGGGAUGUUCCACAGUUCUUGUCUGGACAACUUUCAAGCCAAAGCCUUAGUAGAAGAACAACGCCUUUUGUUCCUAGGGUUCAGAUAAAACUGUGGUAUGACAAGGUUGGUCAUCAGUUAAUAGUGACGAUACUGGGAGCAAAGGAUCUUCCUUCAAGGGAAGAUGGGAGGCCAAGGAAUCCUUAUGUUAAAAUUUACUUUCUUCCAGACAGAAGUGAUAAAAAUAAAAGAAGAACAAAAACAGUAAAGAAAACAUUGGAACCUAAGUGGAAUCAGACAUUCAUUUAUUCUCCAGUUCAUCGGAGAGAGUUUAGAGAACGAAUGUUAGAAAUUACUCUUUGGGACCAAGCACGAGUUCGAGAGGAAGAGAGUGAAUUUUUAGGAGAGAUUCUUAUUGAGUUAGAGACAGCACUACUAGAUGAUGAACCUCACUGGUACAAACUCCAGACACAUGAUGUCUCUUCAUUGCCACUUCCCCAUCCCUCACCAUAUUUGCCACGCAGACAGCUCCAUGGAGAAAGUCCCACAAGGAGGUUACAAAAUAAAGGCUUAUAUUCAUAUAAUUCAGGGUCCAAAAGAAUCAGUGACAGUGAAGUUUCUGAUUAUGACUGUGAUGAUGGAAUCGGUGUUGUUUCAGAUUAUCGACAUAAUGGGAGAGAUCUUCAAAGUUCAACACUAUCAGUGCCAGAACAAGUUAUGUCAUCUAAUCAUUGCUCUCGAUCAGGGUCCCCUCACCGUGGAGAUAGUAUAGGACGGACUAGAUCGUGGUCUCCCAGUGUCCCUCCCCCACAAAGUCGGAAUGUGGAUCAGGGACCACGAGGGACUCGAUCUACUCCUGCGCAUUACAAUACCCUGAACCGAAUGGAUAGACACCGUGUUAUAGAUGACCACUACUCCCCGGACACAGAGAGGAGGACUAGGCAGGAGAGAAGAGUGCCUAAUUCAUAUUAUGACGACACAACCUAUACUCCUGAAAGGUGGUACAAUGGUGCAAGUUCUUGGGCAGAUCAUGUAGUCAAUGGGUCAGCUGAAAAAUAUGGGAAUUGUGAAGCAGCAGAUAGACAGCCAUAUCAAAGAUCCAGAUCAACAGAGCAACGUCCUAUGCUAGAGCGGACCAACUCCCGCUCCCGAUCCACAGAGCGUCCUGACUCAAACCUCAUCAGGUCGAUGCCUUCAUUAAUGACUGGAAGAUCUGCCCCUCCUUCACCUGCCUUACCGAGGUCACAUCCUCGAACUGGGUCUGUUCAGACAAGCCCAUCAAGUACUCCAGUAGUAGGGCGAAGGGGCAGGCAAUUACCACAGCUCCCACCAAAGGGGACGUUGGAGAGAAACAAUGGAGACAAGGAAAUAGAAUCUUAUGAAGAAGAAAAGAAAGCAGAUCCAGAGAAUGGGGAUACAGGUGCAAUGGAUGUAGAAGACAGGAAUCGCCAAAUGAAAAUGAGCAAGUACAAACAGUAUCGGUCAGGACGGGAUCCUCAGCGAGGCUCAGACAAUGUUUCUAACAAGUCUUCGGACAGUGAUGUCAGCGAUGUCUCUGCUGUGUCACGGACAAGCAGUGCGUCACGUUUCAGCAGCACAAGCUACAUGUCUGUCCAGUCAGAGCGUCCAAGAGGAAACAAGAAAAUAAGAAGCACAAGGGAUAUAGAGGGGAAAAAAGAGGGAGGGCUGGAAGGGGAUGAACAAGAUGGAGUAUUUCCUGAGGAGGAAGAAAAAGAGCAGGAGGAGGAAAAAGCAAAGGAGCAAGAAGUUAAUGGAAAAGGGGAAGGGCAAGAGGUGACAGAGAACUGUGAUCAGGAGGAAAUCAAAGGAUCAGGGCAUGAUGAAAAAGCUCAAGAAGACCAAGCUGAGGAAGGGAAGGAGGAUGACAGUGUCUUUACAUCCAAAAUGCAAAGCAGACAGAUGGGCGUCUCAGGAAAGAACAUGACCAAGAGCACCAGCAUCGGCGGGGAUAUGUACACACUGGAGAAGAAUGAUGGCAGCCAGUCAGAUACUGCAGUGGGCACUGUUGGCGGUGGUGGCAAAAAGAGACGCUCCAGCAUCGGUGCAAAGAUGGUUGCCAUCGUGGGUCUCUCACGGAAAAGCCGUAGCACGUCACAACUCAGCCAAACUGAAGCAGGGGGCAAGAAGCUGCGGAGCACGGUCCAAAGGAGCACUGAGACAGGGCUGGCUGUGGAGAUGAGGAACUGGAUGACCCGUCAGGCCAGCCGGGAGUCAACGGAUGGGAGCAUGAACAGCUACAGCUCUGAGGGAAAUUUGAUCUUCCCUGGUGUGAGGUUGGCUGCAGACAGCCAGUUCAGUGAUUUUCUGGAUGGACUUGGUCCUGCCCAGCUUGUAGGACGACAGACUUUGGCAACACCGUCAAUGGGAGAUAUCCAGGUGGGAAUGAUGGACAAGAAGGGACAACUGGAAGUAGAAAUAAUCCGAGCCCGUGGCCUUGUUGUAAAACCAGGUUCAAAGACACUGCCAGCACCAUAUGUAAAGGUGUAUCUAUUAGAAAAUGGAGUCUGCAUAGCCAAAAAGAAAACAAAGGUAGCAAGAAAAACGCUGGAACCACUUUAUCAGCAACUUCUAUCAUUUGAAGAAAGUCCCCAAGGAAAAGUUUUACAGAUAAUUGUUUGGGGAGACUAUGGACGUAUGGACCACAAAUCCUUUAUGGGAGUGGCACAGAUACUUUUAGAUGAACUGGACCUGUCCAACAUGGUGAUUGGGUGGUUCAAACUCUUCCCUCCUUCUUCCCUAGUAGACCCAACUUUAGCUCCUCUCACUAGAAGAGCUUCCCAAUCAUCUCUUGAAAGUUCAACAGGACCUUCGUAUGCUCGCUCAUAGCAGCUGUGAAACUGUUGUCAUAGCAACCAGCGUUACAAAAAAUAAAAUUACAGGUCGCAAACCCUGGUAACACUGCAUGCUUAAUGUUGUGUCUUCUGAGCCUGUUUCUAGGGCUGCAAAGCGAUCCUGUGUUCUCAAGGAAGUUGCACACAUUGUGCCCUAUGGAAGGCCCUCAGGUGAAAGACUGAAGUCAUGAGGAACUGAUAGGUUUGGAGUUCAGGGACACUCAGUUUUGGUCCAAUCUGAAGCCAUGGACUAAACUAAAAGAAUCAAUCUGUUUCAUGCAACAAAAGUCCUUUCAAUGGCAUAUCUGUUUUGUUGCUCCCAUUUCUUUAUUUAUCCGCCCUCCCCUCCUAAGGCUUGGUUAUGCCACAGAAAUGGAGUUACUCUCCCAUGAAGCCAUGUUACAAGUGAGUGGAUUAGCAGACAUUGGAAGAAAAGAAGAAUGUAAGAAUGCUGGAGAAGUUGACUGUUGUUUGAAACAGUUGCUUGAGAUCUGAAAACUGUACUGAAAAGGUUCAACACUUAAAAGUGGUGGGCUUCAUACCUCCAGCUAUAGAUACAGUGAAACCCCAGAUAUGAUGGACUAAAAAAUAAAGUUCUGUGGAUAUACUGCACUGUAUGAAAUUAAAGAAACUUUUUGCAUGGACACAGAUUUAGCUGAACACUUAAAUUAUUUUCUUGGGGCUGCAACUUGCAAAAAAAAAAAAGAAAAAAUCAGCCAUUUUCAACAAUUUAUAUUAUUUUUAAAAAUAAAUUUCACUAGUGCAUGGUUUUAAAGGGAAGAGAAUGCAACAGGAUGAUGCAAAGACACACCACGUUUAUCAUUCUUUAAACCAGUCAUGGUCUGUAUUUUUGCAGACGUAUAUUAAAAAGAAAAAAUAAUUUCUAGCAAAUAUUUAAAAUUCUGUUUAUGUGACAAGAAAUAAGUGUAAUAUAUUAAAUUUAUUUAAAUGUAAAAGGUACAAGCCUUGUAAAGUUCAACAUAAUGUGCAAAUUGUAUACUUCUUUUUCCUCCUCCUUUCUCUUAUCUCUCCUCCCAGUCUCCCUUCUUCCUUUGACUCUUUUUUCCCUCUACCUCCCAGGAUGAUCAUCAUAUUCUAAAAUGCCUACCUUUUGACUUAUUGUUAGUCUCUUAUGCCCCAUUUGGUUCAGGGUUGCAGAUUGCUCUGCAUUUCUGAAUUAUUUGAGAAAAAUAUUGUUUAAGAAUGUUUUUUUUUUUCAAGCAUGUUGAAAAGGAUUUGCAACAUGGCUUGGGAGUACAUUAAUGUAAUUCAGCAUGUAUUUGAUAAAGAAGAUAUUUGAACUUUUUGCAAUUUAUUGUACAGUGCAUGGUAAUUUAUUUUCAUUUUUUCUCACCUUCAAAUUGAAUUCUGCAGGAAAAUACUGGAAUCAUGUGGCCAUUGUAAGAUGUCUUCAAUAAAUUUGUUUUCAGCACCAGCAUCUUUCAUUCAAAGGUUGAACUAUCAUUUCUUGAAGGUUUUUGAAAAGAUGAAAAAUGAAGUACCUGGUUGAUCUUUAGGAAACAAAUUUAAACACUUUUAUUUGCACUAAACCAAAUUGAUAGCUACAUUUUUGCAAUUGCAAAAGCAACAAAGGUUGCUGAUUUGUGCAGUUCUGCUGUAAAGUUCAAUUUUCACAAACUACAUUUGUGUUGCAAAUUACAUAAUUAGGGAAUAUCAAUCUGGAAAAUAUCAGUCUUUGGUUCAUAAAAUAGCCUUAAAGAAAGUUUAUCAGUACUACUCUGACAGAUGUUUGACAUUUUUACCAGAACCCUCACUGCAGUCAAUGGAUCUUCAAAAACCUGGUGUUUGUAGCAGGCAGUAACUACUGUUGGGUGGUGCUGCAAGUUCAAGCUUCUCAUUAAAUUACAUUAUUUAAAGAGAAUGUAACUGGCUAACAUUUAAUAACAAAAUAUCCUUCUUUUUUCUGGGUCUUUGUAUGCCUUUAAUACUAUUUAAGGUUAAAUGUUGAAACCUUGCAAUAAUUUUUUUGAAAUAUACAUUACAUUUACCUGUAAGGCCACACAGAAUUAUUCUGAUUUUAUUUGAAAAUCUAUUGAACUUUCCCAUUAAGAAAUUGUGCAUGCCUCAUACAAGGGCAAAAGUAAUAACAGUAUCACUUAAAAUGCCUUUUACUUUGUGCAAUAUCAUAUAAAUCAAGAUUGUGUCUUGUCUUCAGAGUUUAUAUAAUGGAUUAUUGUUAAGUUAAUGGACAGACUGGUAAAAUUAUAUUUAUUGAAAUAAUUUAGACACCUGUCUACCAUCAGCAAAUAAAUACUGCUAACAUGCAGUCUACCGUAUCCCCUAGGAUAUUAAACAAAAAUUACAUACUGUGAGAUGUGCUUAUGCAUUCUUGUAUGCAUAGUCCUAUAUAAAUUAUUUCAAAUUUUAAAAUCAAGGACAUGACGCAUGAAAGGUUUGUACAUACUUGUCAUUAUGCAGUAUUUAUUUAAAAAAAAAAAUGUAUUUUUUUUUUUAUUUUCACAUGUCUGCAACUUUACUUAUGAUUUAGUCAUGUAAAUAGCACUAUUCCAGUGAUCACUGCUGUCUUGUACAUAGUACGUUUUAAAAAGUCAAAAGGAAUUACAGUUGGGGGGACAAAAAAAAAGGGCAGAUUAGGCCUGUAAUAAACAACAACUAAUGUAAAUCGAACUCAUUCUGGUGAUGGUAUUUAACACUUUAAAUAAAACAUUUUCUUUACA